GGAAGUGUGGAAAGGUGCGGGGCACGAGAGGAGUUCAUUGAGGAGCCCGUGUUUUUUGUGUGGGACCGCCGCGCUGUGUGUCUGUGCAUCAGGAGGAGAGGGACCGCGCGGCUUCUCCCUCCGCGGUGGCCCUACAUCAAAGGACCGCGCUCGCAGCUCCGCGCCGCCGCGCUCUCCGCGUUUCGUAACGCGUUUUUUUCCACAUCUCACCAUUUUUUCUGGGGUUGCUGGCUAAGAAACGAAUGGUAUUUUUCUUGGGCCAUUCUCAAAAUAUUACAUGUUUUAUAGCCGUAAAGGAAAAGAGGUAACGCGCGCUGUGAAACCGUGGUAGUCGCUCAUUUCCCGUUUCGUGGCUGUUUGAAAAAUACUUGAUAUUACCUCAAGAAAAUCGAGUACGGAAUAAAAAAAAACCGUUUUUUCAAAAAAAUGGCUCGUCCGAGACCUCGGGAGUACAAAGCUGGAGAUCUUGUUUUCGCCAAGAUGAAGGGGUACCCACACUGGCCGGCGAGGAUUGAUGAACUCCCAGAAGGAGCUGUGAAACCUCCCGCAAAUAAAUACCCAAUAUUUUUCUUCGGCACCCAUGAAACAGCAUUUCUGGGUCCGAAGGAUCUCCUGCCAUAUAAGGAAUACAAAGAUAAGUUUGGAAAGUCCAACAAGAGAAAAGGAUUCAAUGAGGGGUUAUGGGAAAUUGAGAAUAAUCCAGGUGUCAAAUUCACUGGCUACCAGGCUAUCCAGCCCCAGAGCUCCUCAGAGACAGAGGGGGAGGGGGGCAACACAGCGGAUGGCAGCAGUGAGGGUGAGGAGGGGGACUCUGUGGAAGAAGAUGGACAGGGGAAGCAGAAGGAGGACAGGGCAGGAGCCAAGCGGAAAAAGACUGCUUCCUCCAAGAAGUCGUCCAAAUUGUCACGGAAGUCUUCGGGAGAGGAAGAAGUGGAUCAGGACGGGAAAGAUGACGACCACAAGAGCAGCUCAGAGGGAGGAGAUCCCAACAAUGACACUCAGAGCGCCCCAGAGAGCAAGAAGGCCAGUCAGGGGGUAAAUUCUCGACAAGUGUAAAGAAAAAAAAAAAAAAAAGAAUUUAAGAACGUUACAGUUCUACUUACCUGAUAUACAGUACAUACAACAGAGAACGCGCUGCAUUUGUCCCCAUUAAAUGUUGUAGCCGUCUGAAACUGACUAAACCUAAAUCUGAGUUUGCAUUGUGAAGAUUCUGUGGCAGUCUGGUUACCGUGCCGCCCGCCCCCAUAAUCCCAAGCUCCCCUCAUGUCCCAUGUUCUCUGCUUUCCCACAUCAGCGCUGCUCGUCUGUCCAAGCUACCAUUGCUGCUCCGGCCCUUAGGCAUGAGAGCGCUUCACUCUAGUAUAAAUGUGACUCUCAUACAUUAAGAGACUGAUUCAAAUGUGUGGUGUUAGGGUUAUGCGCAUUGUCCCUUUGCUAAUCAGUUUUCCAUCACAAUAAAUAUAUAGAUAGUUAAUGUUGGUUCCAUACACUGAUCUCCAGUUUUAUGUUUUUGUUUUGAAAUUUCCCAUUUAACUGUGUUAUAAUGGGAAAAACCUCUCUGUCCUGACUGGUCCAGAGAAUACAGGGAUAGCUUACAACCUGGGACACAAAUAAGGAAAAUACAUGAACAACACAAACUCAAUAAGAAUUAUUCGGAGGAAGAUGCACUCACCACACUAUUAGUACAGUACACAAAGUAUACAGGCAACUGAUAUCAAGACCUGGAAAUAUGUCUAUCUCUAGUACUCUGCUGUAACAAUGGAAUGCCAACUGGUUAAUAUGAGACUAGCCUUCUCAUUAAACAAAAAUUCUUAGACCUGAAGUGCUGCAUCUCAUUUGUUGUAAUACUACAGUAUGUGUUUGCCUUCAAUAGGCAAAUUAUAAUUUCACAGUAGGAUAUAGAUAUGAGCAACCAGUUGAAGCAGAUAUUUACAAAGAGACCAGCCUCCAAUUAAUUACUACUUUAGGCUGUGUAAUGUAUUAAGGCCAGUUUUUUUAAACAUAUUUAAGUUCCUACAACUACUGAAAUUCAGUCGCAUGUUAAUAUAGUUUUGUUACAUUUCCUUACAGAGCCCCUUAAUGGGGGAAGGAUUAAGAUGAUAGUUUGAAGAAGUCCCUUUAGAAGCAUUACUACUGUUGGCUGUCUAGGAUUAUUUGUACAGUAUAGUGAAGUCCUCAUUGAUAUGCCAUGUUUCAUUAUGUAUCAGGCCAUUCACUGAGACCCUGUUCAAAACAGAUACUUUAUACAUCAUGACACACAGCAAACCAUUAUUGAGCUUCAUUUUACUUAAGUAGAUAUAAAGUAUAAAGUUAUGAGGAAAAAAAUAUGACAGUACUUGUUUCCCUAUCAUACUGAAAUUCUGGGUUCCAGGUUAAUACUGAAUUCAUUUAGAAAGCUUUAGCUUGAUGCUUUCAAUUAAAAGGACUAUUAUAAUACAUUUUAUUUAAAAAAAUCCUUGUUGAUUUUGAAGAAGUCAGAGUCUGGCUCUGUGUGGAAAAAAUGUAGUUACAGUACAUUCUUCCUUUUGAACAUCUGCCUGUAGAGAGUUUUCUGCACAAUGAUAUACCACUCCUUCAUGUAAUCAGAAGAAAUAUGAAUGGAAAACUUAGCAUAAAUGUAUGAAGUAAUGUGCACAGUUACACAAUUGUAUAUCAUAUAAUUUAAAUCUAUAUUUAUAUUUUGAUGUAGAAUGUAGGACCACUAGUAUUCUACAAAACUAGACAACUCCUGUUCUUUUUACAAAAAAAGUGAAACAUUAAUUUUCUCUAUGUGUGUGAAAUUAGUUAUGUUUCGUAGACUUUUUAAUGGCAUGCAAGACCAUUAUACACAUGUACUGAAUUUAGCACACACCAGGUGACUAUUAUUAUGCAUUACAUGACUAUUAAACAUGUGCCCAUUGUACAAAUCACAUGACUUACAUACAGUACAGAUUUUCUCAUUUCUUAAUGUUAUCAACAAUCUGUAAAUUUACCACUGUGUAUUAGUGCAUAAGGAAGUCCAGAACUCCUGGGUUAAUCCUGAGCUGGGACUGUUUUAGAAUUGGAUCCACCUCCCCAUGGCCACAUUCCUUUUCCACUCCAUUAACAUGACAGAAGUUGCCUUUUGAUUUGCAUUUUUUGUCAAAAAUCAUAUUCUAUUUAUUUUUGAUUAUGGCAAAUAAGCUGUGGGGAAAUAUAAAGUAAUUAAAUUUUCUGUUCGAUACCAUUUUAAUCUCUGUUAUGCUUGUAAUUGGA